UUUGACUUUUGACCAACGCGAAAAAUCAAGAAACUCACAAAGACGAACAAGAAAGUAGCGAGAAGAAAAGUCACACCUUCCUCCUCCCUUCCGCCCACCCUCCACAUUCCUUUGCGAUCAGACGCCUUAUAAACCCACCACCCUGUUCCCAAGUCCUCUCCAUCUUAACCAUUUUCAAAGCUAAACUUACUUGUUCUCUCAUCUCCUUUGAGUCUACUUCACUGACAGAAUAAGUCUUACUCCUUUCAAGGCUUUGAUGUGCUGUGGGUUACCGAAUAAGCUGUGCUCUGUUUGUUCAGAAAUGGAAAAGAAAAUCUGGAUUUCGGAUAAAAAUUGCUCGAAAUUGCUAGAAUUAUCAGCCACAGAUGAUGUUUCUGCCUUCAUCUUUGAAGUUGAAGAGAAGGGCUGUGAUGUUAAUGAGUUGAGCCUUUGGUAUGGAAGGAAAAUCGGUUCCAAAAAGAUGUGUUUUGAAGAGAGGACACCUCUUGCCAUUUCGGCCAUGUUUGGAAGCACUAAGGUUUUGAAGUAUAUUGUUGAAACCAGGAAAGUGGACAUCAACACGGCGUGCGGCUCUGAUGGUGUAACCCCUCUUCACUGUGCCGUUGCUGGCGGAUAUGAGCACUCCAUUGAGGUCAUCAAGCUCCUUUUAGCAGCUUCUGCAAACGUCAACUCUCUUGACGCCAACGGAAACAAACCUUGUGACUAUAUCGCUCCUUGCCAGAAACUAUCCACCAAUUCAAAGAGGAGGGAAUUGUCAUUCUUGUUAAACGGUAAAGAGGUUGAUGAAGAACGUGUAAAAGUGACUUUUGAGAGGAAAGAGUAUCCAGUGGACACGUCGUUGCCGGAUAUAAACACUGGAGUAUAUGGGAGUGAUGAGUUUAGGAUGUACAGUUUCAAGGUGAAGCCGUGUUCGAGGGCGUAUUCUCAUGACUGGACGGAGUGCCCAUUUGUCCACCCGGGCGAGAAUGCAAGGAGGCGUGACCCAACCAAGUAUACCUACACCUGUGUGCCGUGCCCUGAGUUCAAGAAGGGUAGUUGUGGAAAGGGGGACAACUGUGAGUUUGCGCAUGGCGUGUUUGAGUCAUGGCUACAUCCGGCUCAAUAUAAGACCCGUCUUUGUAAGGAUGAGACAGGUUGCUCAAGGAAAGUGUGCUUCUUUGCCCACAGACCAGAUGAGUUACGCCCAUUGUAUGCAUCAACUGGUUCGGCCCUUCCUUCACCAAAGUCUCCUUCAGUCAGCUGUUCGAUGGACAUGUCGUCUUCAUUGGGUUCUUUGCCCCUUGGGACCCCACCGAUGUCGCCUACUGUCACUUGCUCAUCCCCAAUGAGCGGUGGCGGGGCAGCGUGGCAAAACUUCAUCCCACCAUCGUUACAGCUUUCAGGCAGCAGACUGAAGACAACCCUCACUGCCCGGGAUUUCAGCCAGCAGCAAUUCAUUGAGGAGAUGGCAGGUCUCGCCUCUCCAUCCCGUUGGAAGAGUUUGAACCCCACCAACCUCGAUGAUGUGUUUGGCUCUCUCGAUUCUCCUAUGGGACUCUCUCCGGCGCAUUCCCCUACCGGUAUGCAAAUGCGCCAAAACAUGAACCAACUUCGGGCCAGCUAUCCUUCCAACCGGGCCCACACUUACGGAUACGACUCUUCCGCGGCAGUGGCAGCAGCAGUCAUGAACUCAAGGUCUGCCGCUUUUGCGAAGCGGAGUCAGAGUUUCAUUGACCGGAGUAAGGUCAACACCCACCACCGGUCAACCAAUUCUCCACCAUUGAUGACACCAUCUAACUUGGCUGACUGGGGUUCUCCCGACGGGAAACUGGAUUGGGGAUACGGCGGGGAAGAGAUAAACAAGCUGAAGAAGUCUGCUUCAUUCGCAGUUCGAAAGGGAAAUUCUCCACCGUUGAUGGCAUCUAAUCUAUCACGUGGAGUGGCGGACGAGCCGGAUGUGUCUUGGGUUCAUUCCUUGGUCAAAGAUGUUCCGUCGUGGAUGGAUCAAAUGUAUAUAGAUCAUGAGCAGGUGGUGGCAUAAGGGAUCGAGAUCCCUUUCUCUAUUGCCAUGUAUUUCGCCUCAUGUAUGGCUUACUCAAAAUAUUCUUUCAUAUUCUUAUAUAUAUACGUUACUGAUGUUAGAUUUGUUAGUCAGUAGGUCCAAGAAUUGUCCCCCAACACAACCACGGUUGGAUAGAAGAAGACCGAUGGCUGAUCGAUCGGUUUAGAUUGAUUUGAAGAUGAACUGAGAAA